UAUGUCGGUUACACCCAAAAGACAGUUUUCCGAGAUGUAGCGCGAAGAUGAGACAUUUUCCGGCUCAUGUUAUAAAAGCAUCAGUCGUGUUGUGCCUUUUCGCUUUCCUAAUCUGUGGAUCUCUAUUGAAUAAUGCUACAAGAUCAACAAAAAUGGAACAUAGUAAAAAAUCCUUUAUUUCGCUUGUGUUUUCUUCAAACGCGACUUGGAUCAAACCGAAUGCUACUCAUAAGGAAAUGUGUAGAUGGUUGAAGACCCUCAAGCAUCCAGAAAAAUUGUGUAGAAGAAGGAGAGGCUUACCUGAACUUUUGCAUGAAACAAGGAAGUUAGCAGUCAGUUCUUGUAUGGAACAAUUUGAGUAUGAGCAAUGGAAUUGUUCCAGAACGAAUAUUAAGAAAUAUUUUAAGAAGAUAUUUAGGGAAACGGCAUUGAUGCAUAGCUUAGUCACUUCGGCCCUUAUGUACACUGUUGCCAGAGCGUGUGCUGAGGGUAAACUUGCCAAUUGUAAAUGUGCUAGUCAUGGAAAAAGUGAAAAUAGUUCGGAUUUUGAAUGGGGUGGUUGUGGAGAUAAUAUAAAGUACGCUAAGAAACUAACAAAAAAGAUUUUGCAAUUGAAGAAAAAGGGUGACAAUUAUAGUAAUAUUAUUAGAUAUAACAGUGAAGUUGGAAUGAAGGCUGUGGUGAAGCAUAAUGUGAAAAAGUGUGAUUGCCAUGGAAUGUCAAAAUCAUGUACUCUAAAAAUCUGCUUUAUGCGAGUGGAACCGUUCGUAAAAAUCGCCGAAAACCUUCGCCAGCUCUACCACACAGCGGUCAAAGUCAAGCCUGAUAGCGACCUCGAACCAUACAAGAAGAAAACCCACCUGGUUUUCCUGGAGAACUCCCCCAAUUUCUGCGGCCAGCUGGGGGCGUACGGCGUGACGACAUCAGGCAGGCGGUGCAAGGACGAGAACAACUGCGCCACCUUGUGUUGCACGCGCGGACACACCAGCGUCAAGAAGGUUUUCGACGAGAACUGCAAGUGCAAGUGGAUUCAUUCGAACCCGUUGACGUUGCAGUGCGCUAAGUGCGCCAAAGAAGAGACCUUUUACUACUGUCGUUGAUAUGGUGCGAGAUAAUGGUUAUAGAUGGCAUGGCUAGUUUCAUUUUUAUUUUUUUAAAAGAUUAAGAAAGGAAAUGUCUAUACCUCUAUGGCGGAUUUGACUCUCCAAAAAAAGUCCUAUUAGUGGAGUGCCCAGAGACUUUUACCUCGGAAUUCAAUUACUAUGUGAAACCUUCUGUAUUGUGUUUUAUACAUAGAUAAAAUACUAAAAUGUUUAAAUGCUUGUAAUUUUUUAUUUUAGUAAAUUCUUAGUUAUUUCCUCUAUGGUUAUUUCCUUCUUAUUUUUUUUAUUUUUUUAUUUGUUUUCCUAAGUAAAUUUAUUGAAAUAAAUGAAUCUAAUGCAUAAGCUGAAAUAUAUAAAGCAAUCACUGAAAUUUUGAUUGAAAUCGAAUUAUACAGGGUGGCGCGUCAUAUACGACGUGGUUUUUACAGUUGAAGGUUGGAA